CAUGCCGCUGAAAGAGGAGAGUCAAGAACUCAAUGAAGUAGAAAAGAAAAAGAAAUAUGAGAAACAUCAUGAUUUCAUGACUGGAGAAAAAUCCACACUGGCUGAAAAGAUGGCCUCACGAAAAAGAGCUCAGAAGAUUAAAUCUAAUCCAAAACAAAAACAAAACCUUGAAGUCCUCAAGAGAGAACACACCGGAGAAAAGCCUUUCAUGUGCCACCAGUGUGGAAACCGUUUUAGAUUCAGUAAAAACCUUAAGACUCACAUGAGAAUUCACACUGGAGAGAGGCCUUUCACAUGCCAUCACUGCGGAAAGAGUUUCUGUCAUAAAGUUAGCCUCAAAAAUCACAUGAACAUUCACACUGGAGAGAAGCCGUUCACAUGUGACCAGUGUGGAAAAUGUUUCGCGUACAGAGCAACCCUUAAUGUCCACUUGAGAGGUCACACUGGAGAGAAUCCUUUCACCUGCAAACUGUGUGGGAAGAGCUUCUCAAGAAGAGGAAAUCUGAAGACUCACAUGAGAAGUCACACUGGAGAAAAGCCGUUCAAAUGCGAUCAGUGUGGAAAGAGUUUUGGACGUAAAGAAACAGUUAAUUCCCACAUGAAGAUACACUCAAAAGAGAACAGAUUUAUAUGUCAUCAGUGUGGAAGGAGUUUCACAGACAGCAAUCACCUUAAGAGACAUGUAAUAACUCACACUGGUGAAAAGCCUUUCAUGUGCCACCACUGUGGAAAGACUUGCAUAAACAAAUCAAACCUUGAUGUUCACAUAAGAAUUCACUCUGGAGAGAAGCCUUUCACCUGCUCUCUCUGUGGAAAGAGUUUCACACUGAAAGGAAACCUUCAGACUCACAUGAGAGUUCACUCUGGAGAGAAGCCUUACAAGUGUCUUCAGUGUGAAAAGAGUUUCAGAUUUAAAGGAAACCUUAACAAUCACAUGAGGCUCCACAUGUCUUCAGUGUGAGAAUAGUUCCACAUAUUCACAGAGACCUGAAACGUAAUUUACAAAGUCAUCACGGAAAGAAACUGCAGAGUUCAGUGCGUGGCAAAAGGUUUAAGAAAUAAAGCAAUUAAAAAAAAUCACCUGCACCUUCAAUCUGGGAAAAAAAUAUAUUAUUAUAUUGUCUUCACAUAGAGAUGAAGUCACGCAGAUUUUAAGAGAGACACUAUUUGUGUUCUGAAAAGU